CCAAAACAAAAGAAAGGGUUAAAUUGAAUCUUAACUAUUCAUCAUCGCCGCAGCUCUCUUCCUUGAAUUUCUCGAAUCCCAAAACCUAACGCCAGCUGUUUCCGGGGACGGCGAGUGAGAUAAAACCCUAAUCUUAUUACUCCGGCGUCAAAACAAGUUUAAAGCAUGAAGGGAGGCGAUUGCAAUUUAGAUAUAAUGCCUCCAAGGACGAAGAAGAAUAAUAAUAAACAGAUGAGUGAUAAGCUCAACUUAAAGAAGACAGCUUUGAGCAAAUCACAGAAACGGAAGCUGAAGAAACUUGAGGAAGAGAAAGAGAGAGAGCUCCUCUCUGCUAAAACUUCCCACUUGUUAGACAAGUAUAAAAUAUCUGAGGAUGUGUCUUUGCUUUUACAAUCUUCUAAAGCUAUCGGAAGAUCUGAUACCAAGCUGGAGAAACGUAGGAGACCAAUGCAGCUAUCUAAAGCGGGUGUCUUGUCUGAUGAGCCUGCCAAGGAAAAUGACGACGACGACUCUGAUUCUUUUAUGGACGAUGAGCCUACCUCACCUGAAAACCAUAUCCAAACUGAUUCUGACCAACUUAUUCAUCAUGCCAAUGAAGCCGAUCCCAAAGUGAUGAUGAUGAUCUCUUCUGCUGAAGAGGAGGUCCGUGAAGAAGAUGAUGAAACUAAGAUCCGUGAGGAAGAUGAAGCUAUGUAUAUGAAUCUACAGACAACACGUCGUCGUGAUGAUGAAGGCUUACAAAGAAUGGAUGAGAGUGAAGAUGUAACUGUAAAAGGACCUGCGUUUGUGGUUCAUGUUUCAAGACCAGCUGAAGUUGAAGAGAGUAGGAAAGAUCUUCCUAUAAUUAUGAUGGAGCAGGAGAUCAUGGAGGCUAUUAAUUAUCAUCCCACCGUUAUUAUUUCUGGAAAGACCGGUUGUGGUAAAACCACUCAAGUUCCUCAGUUCCUUUAUGAAGCUGGUUUUGGUUCAAAGCAAUUCAGUUCACGAAGCGGGGUCAUAGGUAUUACACAACCACGUCGUGUGGCUGUCCUCGCCACUGCCAAGAGGGUGGCUCUUGAGCUUGGCGUUCGUCUCGGUCAAGAAGUCGGUUUCCAAGUUAGGUACGACAAAAAGAUUGGCGAGAACUCAGCUAUCAAGUUUAUGACCGAUGGGAUUUUACUCCGUGAAGUUAAGGGUGAUCUCUUACUGAGGCGUUACUCAGUGAUAAUUCUCGAUGAAGCUCAUGAAAGAAGCUUGAACACAGACAUUCUAAUUGGGAUGCUCACUCGAUCCAUCAAAAUCCGACAGGAAGAGUACAUGCGUCAACAGAAGUUUCUACAAACCGGAGGCACAAUAGCAUCAGAAGACCUCAUCUGGCCGCUUAAACUUAUAUUGAUGAGUGCAACUUUGCGAGUAGAAGAUUUUGUGUCAGGGGAUAGGUUGUUCCCUAAGCCACCUCCGGUAAUAGAGGUUCCCACUCGACAGUACGCGGUGACUAUACAUUUCUCCAAGAGGACUGACGAGGUUAAUUACAUGGGUGAAGCUUACAAGAAAGUGAUGUCGAUUCACAAAAAGUUACCACAAGGAGGGAUACUCGUGUUUGUGACGGGGCAGAGAGAAGUUGAGAAUCUAUGUGAGAAGUUACGCAAAUCUUCAAGGGAACUUGUUGUUCAAGCUGCUAGAAGAGAUGCUUCUGAGGCCAAGAAGAAACCUGAUGAUGAUGAUGAUGAUGAUGAUGAUGAUGAUGGUUCGUUUGGUGGUGUUGACAUGAAGGAGAUUGCUGAAGCGUUUGAUGAUGCCUCCAACACUCAAGAUUACAGGUUUAACUCGUUUGGAGAAGAUCCAUCUGAAACUGGUGGUAAUGUUAACGAUUUUUAUUUUGACGAUUAUGAUGAGUCUGAUGAAGAAAGCGACUGGGAAACAGUCGUUGACGACGUCGGCCUUGCGAAUUCACUUGUAGAAGAUGGGAAGAAGGUUGAUGCCCUUCGUGCAGCGUUUAAAGCUUUGGCAGACAAAAAAGGAUCUGAUUCUACUGAGCCAACAACGUCCGCUGAAGCAGAGGAGGAGAAGGAGGAGAAGAAACCAUUCACUCCAGGGAAACUACGUGUUCUUCCACUAUAUGCGAUGCUCAAUCCAGCUGCACAGCUCCGAGUGUUUGAGGAAGUUGAGGAAGGAGAAAGGCUUGUGGUUGUGGCAACUAAUGUAGCGGAAACUUCUCUGACUAUUCCGGGGAUAAAGUAUGUGGUUGAUACCGGCCGGGCCAAAGCUAAGAGCUUUGAUAUCAAGACUGGAAUGGAAGCAUAUGAGGUUGAUUGGAUUAGUCAAGCUUCAGCUAGUCAACGAGCCGGAAGAGCUGGACGAACUGGACCUGGUCACUGUUACCGUCUCUAUUCAUCAGCUGUUUUUAGCAACACAUUUGAGGAAUCAUCCCCUCCUGAAAUCACCCAAGUUCCUAUCGAUGGAGUCGUUCUUCAGUUGAAAUCUAUGAACAUUCCAAAGGUUGAAAACUUCCCGUUUCCAACACCGCCUGAGGCAUCAUCUGUUAAACAAUCAGAAAGAUGCUUAAAGGCUUUAGAGGCUCUGGACAGCAACGGGAGGAUAACACCGCUAGGGAAUUCAAUGUCUAACUAUCCCAUGAGUCCACGUCACUCGAGAAUGCUUCUCACAGUCAUCGAAAUGCUGAAAGAGGCGCGUAACUACUCCCGGGCGAAUCUCGUCCUUGGAUACGCGGUUGCAGCAGCAGCUGCGUUGAGUUUAGAGAACCCGUUGAUAAUGCAGUUUGGAGGAGAUAACAAAAACGAGCAUGAAGAUGCAGGAGUCAAGGAGGAGGAUGAUAAACAACGGAAGAAGGAUCGGAAAGAUAAGAUCAAAGCUGCUCGUGACAGAUUCUCCAACCCGAGCAGCGAUGCUUUGACCGUAGCUUACGCGCUGCAUUCCUUCGAGGUGGCGAAGAACAGCUUGGAGUUCUGCGAGUCCAACGGGUUGAAUAUGAAGACUAUGAACGAGAUGUCUAAGCUCAAAGCUGAUCUUCUGCGACUUGUUUUCAGGUCCUCUGAAACUGAAAACCUUUACGCAUGGACUCAUGGGACUGUACAAGACGUGGAGGAGUCAUGGAGAAAAGCAGCGUCGUCGAAAACCCCGCUUUUGCAGAAGGAAGAAGAGCUCUUGGGAGAAGCCAUAUGCGCUGGAUGGGCAGACCGUGUAGCUAGAAGGACUAGAUCCACAGAGUACCAAGCGUGUGCGGUUCAAGGAGAACCUGUUUACUUGCACCGCUGGUCUUCUCUAAUAAACUCUGCACCAGAGUUACUAGUCUACAGCGAGCUCCUACGAACCAACAAACCAUACAUGCACGGAGCGACGCGGGUGAAGCCGGAGUGGCUUGUUAAACACGCCAAGUCUCUGUGUGUGUUCUCCACGCCGCUCAAGGAUCCGAAGCCGUAUUACUCGAGGGAGCUGGAUAGAGUUUUCUGCUGGGUGGUUCCUAGCUUCGGCCCUCAUCUUUGGGAGCUUCCGGCUCACAGUGAGGAAGUAAGAGAUGAUACAUACAGAGCAGCGGUUUUUGGAUAUGCGUUGCUUCGAGGAGAGGUGUUGCCUUGUUUAAAAAGCGCUAGGGCGUUGAUGGCUGUGAAACCUGAGACGAUGUUGGAGAAAGAAGGUUGGGGUUUAGAGAGAGUUGGGAGUUUGGUGACAGCGUUGGAAAAGAAGAAGAUUGAUAGUUUGGAGAGUUUGAGAAAGAGAUGGGAACAGAACUCGAAUUUGCUGUACCCGGAAAUUGAAGCUUGGUUUCAGAAGAAGUCUCGUCAUCAUGUUAAAGAGCUUUGGCAGAGAAUGCUGCAGGAGGCUAAGGCUAAGGCUAACAUCAUCCCUGUUGAAACUUCUGGGGAGUUGAAGAGGUCGGUCAUCCCUUUUGAACGUUCUGGAAAGUUGAAGAGGCCAAAAGUGUGUUUUGAAUAAGAAUCAGCUAAAACAUAGAACGAUGAAAUUUAUUUGAGAAUUUGGCAUAAUUUUUGUUUAUCAUAUCUUCGUUGAUUUGCUUCA